GACUUUUUAACACAAGUGAGGUAACUUUGCAUGUCUCCCUCCAGACCGUGGGAGCAAAGGGGACUCAUUCCCUAAGCUAUGGUAGCCGUGUAAACGAAUCACUAAAAUGGCAACAGAGAUAAAGAACUUGGAACCUGUUCUUCAGCAGCUGGAAACCAAGUGUAUAUCUGCUAAGGAGAAGAUGGAGAUGCUAAGGAGCCCAGUUGCUGGUCCAUUCAAAGGACAAGACAUCACGGCAUUAGCAGGGAAACUCAAACACGUGGCCCUGAACACACCACUGCGGUUUAGUAUGGAGGCCAUGAGACCCCAGUCAAAGAACAACUCUCGCUUUGGCAACCUAAGCCAUCAUUCCUUCUUCUCACGGCACAACCCCCAUCCUCUCCGAGUGACCCACAUCCAAGGCUUAAAUGGCGCCCGCAUCUGUAUGGUUAAUGAUGCGUGGUCUGUGCUGACUCCUUUGUCACCUCAUCCAAUGAUAAAAGGCCAGCUUUCUACUACCAUAUUGGGGGUGUCAGGGGCCCAGAUGCCGAUUGGAGAUCCACAUAGUAAUCUUGUCCCCAGGUUAACUGUAGGUGCCUUGUCCGAUGCAUGGAGAGAAGAACUGAGGGAACUCGCUGCCAGAGUUAGUGCUUCCUCCUCCACUGAAAUGGAGCAAAAGGAAAUGGUAGAAGAGCCCCAGAGAGCAACACAGUACUCAGCAGAAACUGGGCGCCUCAUCCCACCUUCUUCUCGGGCAACAACCCGCCAUACACCCCACCAGUUGUGCCGGAAUAAUGCAAAGAACAAAGGCAAAGAUGCUGCCCUGUCUUUCCAAGGCCAGGAGCUGGUAAUUUUGGAGCUGCUGUGUCAGAUCCUGCAGACAGACUCCUUGUCGGCUAUUCAGCAAUGGCUGCUCACAGCUGGUCAGAGGGGUGAGAUAUUGUUUCUUCUGCUGCCUACUUGUCUUCCUCUCAUUACAGAAAAGGAUCUUGUUAUGAGGAUGUUGCAGACUGCAACAGCCAAUCUACAACUGGAGCCCCAGCCCUUGAGCACAAGCAUGGAGCAGAGGCUUCAGUCCCAGACUGCAGUGGGCCUGUCCUCCAGAGGGCAACACUUGGGAAGCAAUCAUCCAAUCAGAUUGUCUCAGAGCCAGAAGCAAGAACCCAUUCCAGAGGAAGACAAGCCAGUGCAUAUGGGUACCACAGAAGUUCUCCAGUUCCAUUUAUCCCAGGAUGUAAAGCAGAACCAUCCAGAUCCACCCAAUUAAAGUGGAAUCUUCUCUCAUUCCUGAUGGAAGAACCUCAAGAAGUGCUAGCACAUUUCCUGCUAUAGCUGCAAUGUUUUACUCUCAUUACUCACCUCGUGAAAAAGUGUUCUGUAGAGUAUAUGAAAAGGCAUGCAAUAUCCUGUAUCAAUUAAUUUCUCUCUUCACUUUGACAUUGUAUGUUGAGUCAUGGCAAAUUUUAAACAGAAUUUGUUUAAUGACUGUGCCAUAGACAUUAAGUCAUACUGUAAAAUGGGUCUCUGUGAAAUUCCAAAUGUCCCCAUAGCUGUAGAUGCUUAAAGUACUGCUUCUGCUAUGAUCCAGCUGGGUAUUCAGUUCAAUAUGCAGAAUCACAAAGAGAAUGUGGCUGUGUUUUUUCAGUGAUCUCAGAUGCAGGAGGUGCAUGGUCCAUGGGGUGGGUUGACUCACUGCUUGAAAGAUUGGCUGUUAAACAUUUCAGUCCUUCCUCUCAAAUCCUAUGGGUAGCAUUGAGCAAUUGCUCACCAUUCCAAAGGACUCAAAUCAGUCCUGUCAGUGCUUCUUUAAAGCCACUGGAGGAGACAGAGCCAUUCUGGGUAGUAGAGUCAUCAAUAUGUUAGUGAUUCUCAGUUCUUUGGCUCCUUUUCACUGAACACAGCUGCUGCCUCAUUACUUUCCCACUAUGUGCCAGGAGGUAGCAAUCUGGAUAAAGAAGAACUGAUUGGAAUUCAAUCCAAAUAAGAGAGAAGUGAUGUUUGUUCACAGAGGCCUUUAGAGGAUUAGGUGGAGACACCACCUAUGGAGGGUGUAGUCUGCUUUCUGGCAAAAUAGCUCACAGCUGCUUGAUCUUACUGGAUCCACUACUGCUGCUCUUGGCUUCUCAGGUAGCAAUGGUGGCCUGCAAUUCCUUUUGUCAUAUAUGGCUGUAUGAUUUUUCUUCUAAUGUGGACCUUAGAACAAUCUUCCAUGUCUUUGUCUCCGCCAGGGUAGGUUACUGAAAUGUGCAGAUUUCUUUGAUAAUGACAUCAUUGCAUAUCAAUUACUUGUAUAAAGAAUGUAUGACUCCUAGUAUUUGCCUGUGGUCCCUUUAGGAAUAAACUAUCUCCUUGUGUAUCCUGCUGA